AUGGCGCCAUCCUUGGACUCAAAGCCUGACCGCAAAGACGAUGUCGAGUCAAACGUCCCCGACGUUGCUUAUGGUCCCAAUGGAGAACCCAGUCAUAACAUCGAGGAUUAUUACAGGUUCGACCCCAAGGUGGAGCAGAGGGUCGUUCGGAAGCUCGAUGCAAGGCUUAUGCCGCUUAUCUUCUGCCUGUACAUCCUCAACGCCAUGGACCGGUCAAAUUUGGGCAAUGCAAAGACGGACGGACUGGAGACCGAUCUACACUUCCAUGAGAAUGACUAUUCGAUAAUGCUUUCAGUCUUCUGUGCGGUCAAGAACUUUGUUGGCUGUCUGGUCGUGCGGCUAUUCCUUGGUGCAGCAGAAGCCGGAUUUGCUUUGACCAUCAUCUGGUAUCUGACUACUUUUUACACGCGUGGUGAACUUGGAAAGCGUGUCGCUGUGUUCUUCUCAGCGCUUGCUUUUGCGGGCGGAUUCUCUGGGCUGAUCGCAUACGGGGUGUUUCAGCCGGAUAUCCGUCUUCAAGGCGCUGCAACUGUCUUCUUCUCGAUCUUGGCAAUAUUCAUCCUGCCCGCGAAUAUCGACUCGGCGCUCUUUUUCUCGUCGGAUGAAAAGCAUGUCGCACGGACACGUAUUCUCCGUGACUCGUCUGCAGUCAUGAACGAAAAGCUCACCUCUCAAGCUUUCUUCGCUCCCCUCGAAGACUGGAAGCUCUACGUUUGGGCAUUAAUCGCCAUCUGUUAUGGAGUAGCUUCUUCAUUAACUGGGACUUUCCUCCCUCAGAUCAUUGGACGAAUGGGAAAGAGCAAAUUGACCACGAAUCUGCUCACGGCACGAACUGUCAUUGUCCUUUUUAUAAUUAGGGAUGUGCUUAGCUUCAUCGUUCUUGAUACCGUUGACGUAUCGAAGACUGGUAUUCAGUACUUCGGUUCCUUCCUAUUGUGUCUUGGGGCAUUCACGCCUUCGACCGUUUUCCAUGUGCGGCAUAAUUGCAACGAUGCAUCAGAAGUCGGACGUGGUUUCCGUACGGCGCUUAUGACAUUCUUUGCAAACUCUUCUGGUCUUAUUGCUUCCAACAUCUUCAUGGAGAAAGAACAGCCUUACUACAACACCGCCCUCGUAGUCAACUUUAGCUUCCUCGCUGUGGGCAUAAGCCUCGUUCUCAGCUUGCGCGGAGGAAUAGGUCUCACACGUAAUAUGAAGUUACGACCACUGUGGGUAUUUUACAUGUAG